CCGAGGCCGGGCCUGGCCGCGCGCGGGCAGGUGGGGCCCGGCAGUGGGGGCCGGGCAGCUAGCGGGACGCACGCGGGGAGCGAGCCGGGCAGCAUGGAGACGGCGGACAGCGUGGAGAAGGGGGACGGCGGGGAGAAGGCGGGCAACGGCCACGCGGAGGGCGCGGCGGCGGGCGGCGGCGGCGGCGGGCGGCUGCGGGGCUGCCGGGGCUUCCUGCGGCGCAACGCGCUGGUGCUGCUCACCGUGUCGGGGGUGGUGGCCGGCGUGGCGCUGGGGGCCGCGGUGCGCGGCGCGGCGCUGGGCCCGGCGCAGGUGGCCUACCUGGCCUUCCCCGGGGAGCUGCUGCUGCGCAUGCUGCGCAUGGUCAUCCUGCCGCUGGUGGUCUGCAGCCUGGUGUCCGGGGCCGCCAGCCUGGACACGCGCUCUCUCGGCCGCCUGGGCGGCAUCGCCGUCGCCUACUUCCUAGGCACCACGCUGCUAGCCUCCGGCCUCGCCGUCGCCCUCGGCUUCAUCAUCCGGCCCGGAGCCGGCGCCUCCGCCCUCAACGCGCCCAGCCUGGGGCUGCCGGGCGCCGUGCCGGCCACCAGCAAGAAGACGGUGGACAGCUUCCUCGACCUCGUCAGGAACCUGUUUCCUGCGAAUCUUGUUGCGGCAGCUUUCCGAACGUAUGCAACAGAUUAUAAAAUAGUACUCAGAAACACUACCUCUGGAAAUGUCACGUUGGAAAAGAUCCCUGUUGGUACUGAUAUUGAAGGGAUGAAUAUCCUGGGACUGGUGCUCUUUGCUCUGGUUUUAGGAGUGGCACUGAAAAAGCUUGGCCGAGAAGGAGAAGAUCUCAUUCGCUUCUUUAAUUCAUUCAAUGAGGCAACUAUGGUCUUGGUUACCUGGAUUAUGUGGUAUGUACCUAUUGGCAUUAUGUUCCUUGUUGGGAGCAAGAUUGUGGAAAUGGAAGAUAUUGUGCUUCUGGUGACCAGUCUGGGAAAAUACAUCUUCGCCUCUAUUCUGGGCCACUUCAUCCAUGGAGGGAUCAUUCUGCCACUCAUUUAUUUUGCAUCCACACGUCAAAAUCCGUAUCGUUUUCUCUUAGGACUUAUCACGCCGUUUGCCACUGCUUUUGCCACUUGCUCCAGCUCAGCCACUCUCCCAUCGAUGAUGAAGUGUAUUGAGGAAAACAAUGGAGUUGACAGCAGGAUCAGCAGGUUUAUCCUUCCUAUCGGUGCAACUGUGAACAUGGACGGAGCUGCUAUUUUUCAGUGCAUGGCAGCCGUGUUUAUUGCUCAGCUGAACAACGUCGACCUCAAUGCUGGGCAAAUCUUCACCAUUCUUGUCACAGCAACUGCAUCCAGUGUGGGUGCAGCUGGGGUUCCAGCUGGAGGAGUCCUCACCAUCGCUAUUAUCUUGGAGGCCAUUGGACUUCCGACCAACGAUCUCUCCUUGAUAUUAGCAGUGGACUGGAUUGUGGACCGAACUACCACAGUUGUGAAUGUGGAAGGGGAUGCCCUAGGAGCAGGUAUCCUCAAUUACCUGAAUGAAAAAGAAAAAAGAGAAAAAGAGCAGGAGCUAAAAGAAGUCAACGUAGAAGCAGUUGCUAACAGCAAGUCUGAAGAGGAAACGUCGCCUUUGGUAACCCACAAAAAACAAGUCUCCAACACAACCAGCACAGCAGACCCUGAAUCCAAGGAAUCAGUAUUGUGAACUAGAAGCUGUUGGUCAAACACAUCUCAGAGGUGGACCAGGGACUUGUUAAUGCACCUAGACGUUUGCAGUGCUAGCGAGGGCUGGGUGGCUCAUGAAAAUUUUCAGUUCCAGUCUGUUUUGAAAUUUGCUGGCUUGGGGAAGGGAGGGAGGUGGGCUGGGGAGAAAAGGGGUGGUGAGAAAGAACACUCACUUUAUAAUAGUAUUUUGAUAAUUCAAAUGUAUACAUGUAUAUAUGUGUUGCACAUACACACACAUAUACAUGUAGGUGAAAGCAAUGCCAAUUGAAACUUCUGGUUUUACAAGAGAUCUGUUAGUAAAGGCUCAUGUGGGUUGGAUAUGGGGAAGCAGCCAACCCAGUAAGUGCUUACGAUAGGGGGAAAUUAGUAAGCUUAUUGUGCUGCUGUUUGAAUGGAGAUACAGUUUAGAAACUCCCCAGUGGGUGAGAAUGUUUCUUAAAUUUAGUUUCUGUCCUGAAAACUCUUACUGACUCGCACAAUACGAAGCAACAUUUUUCUGCCAUUCCCUUUCCUCUCCUGUUCUCUGAUCACUUAAAAACAUCAAAUAUAACCUGAGAAGUAGGGGGUGGGUUUUUUUUUUUAGAGUCAUAUGUGAAUAAGUUACAGGGGGGUCCAAGUCUUGUUCCAGUCCACCGCUACAUUGCAGUUUUCUUGCCUUUUGAUGAGUAAUUCCCAAACUUUGGGACCAGACAAAAGAGAUAUUUGUGCAGAUCAAGGGCUGGCUUUCUCCUCCUCUCUUAGCAAGCUGUUGAGGAAGAAAAAUCCAGAGGAAACACAAAUUUUGUUAAAGUAAUCCCUCAGGGGCUAAAAAAAAAAAAAAUGUGGAGUCUGUUCCAGCAUAAAUAUCUCUAAAAGAAGCUUGUCUGUGACAACAUCAAGAAGUCAGUUCCCUUCGUGAAAACACACAGGCACGUUUGCUAGCACUCCAUGUCCUGCUUAUGUUUGUUUAGUGGGUCAGUCCAAACAAAUUAAGUCAUAUCCCUUUUCCAGCAAAGUUGUACAGGGAGGAAAAAAAUGUGAACACACGUGGGAACUGACAACAGGCAAGUCUGAUCGUUAGCUUGAAAGGGGAAGAAAGGAGGUGAAUUUCUAACCCCGUGUAGUUCAGUGAAAGCUCUGAGUAUUGGGACAGCUGUAUACCCGUUCCUGCUAGGAGUUUGGUCCUGCUAUAAACGUCCUUUUGGCAGCAGUUUACAUUUAAUUCUAGGUGGUGCUGGGCCAGGGUAAUGCUUAAUAGCAGAUGGUAACCUUUGCUUGAGGCUGAUCCAGAUGCUUCUGGAUUCUGACUCCACCUUUUUCCUCUACCACACGCUUCCUGAUUUUGCACCCCCAAACCUGAUCGAAGUCCGGCAAACAUUGCAAAAGUCCUGUUGAUUUCUCUUGGCGUUUUGGUCAGCUGGUAGUUACAAAGUGAUGGCUGUGCAUAUAUGCUAAGAUUUGGCUUUGUGGCACUUUCCCUUGGCUACUUUAGCAAGGUGAGUGCAUGUGGUCGGUCCUCCACACUGUUAACUCAGCAACAUAUAUUUACACUUUGCUUUGGUAUACGAUAACGAUAAGUCUCCCCUUGUUUUUCUCCCCUAUUGCUUCAGAGGAAGCUAUCUUGAAAAGAUAUCCAGUUGCUGAUGUUUAUGUUCACAGCACUAGGAAGAGGCAGCUCUAGUUUUAUAGCAGCAGCCUUCAUUUGCAAAGCAUCUUUCCUGGUAAAGGGACUCAAUGAAUUUUGCUAACCGACGCUCGGAACGAGAUGUGGCCACCUCUGAUUGAGGGCACAGUGAGUGCGUCAUUACUGGCUGUUUAAUCGUGUGCAGCAGCCCUGUGCAAACAAAGCAGGCAAGGAUUAGUCAGCCCACUGCGAAACUGCAGGUGGAGUUUCUUUUUAACCAGUUUAUUUAUAAACACGUCCACAAAAUUUGAUCAGUCCUCGUCUUGUUUUGAAAAUGGAAGGAAACGAAUUCUGUUCUCUACGGGUGUCCUCUGCCCAGUGUGGAGUAUUUCAUUUUUCUUAGCAGAUCAAGACCUGCUGAAACUUUGCAUUUCCCCUCAUUAGAGUCAUCCCAACUCCUUUCAACUUGGGAAACCAGAAGCAGGCUUUGUAGUUGGCAGUGAGAGUCGACAAAUUAAAGGUAUUUUGAAAAAUGUCGGAGGUUUGGAAAAAAAUAUAAAUCAGGGUUCUCAUCAAUCCUCUUUUUUUUAUUUAAAACAAAUCUUUAUUAUUUCAUGGAAAAGUACGAAUGCACCAGAACACCAGAUACUAUGGUUUUAAAACGGUACAUGGAUAUUUUGGGAGAACUGAAAAUCACAACUGUUCCCUGCAGGCUGGGUUCUGUAGUUGGAUUUUUUAUCUCCCAUCAGACAUUUAGCUCUUCUGAUGCUCUCCCUCACUAUGACACAUGCAGUUCAGCUGAGGACAUGAGAGCAGGCAGCACCCAAGUGAGGCGUCACAGUAACAUCUGAGAAUAGAAUGCUUCUCAGUUUUGAUUUUUCACCCCAAAGCUGAUGGUGCCAGAGGAUAAAAGUCCUCAUAAGGGGUAUGUGCAAAGGCUGGGCUUCCUCACAGGCACCACCUAGCCACUGCUCUGCUGAUCUUCCUUCCCUCUGCUGCCACCACUUGAUUGCACCUUGUCCCUUUAGCAGCAUGCUGUAGGCUGUGGGACGUUCUUUCUGACAGUAGAGCCCAGAAAAAUGAUUAUAUUAAAGCCAGUUAUCUAAGAGUUAUCUUAAUAUUUUUCCCUAGCAAUGCAGAAAGUAAGCAUCCCAGUCCCCAUUAGUGGAUUGCCAUGUUUUGCAUUGAUGUGUAUGUGUAGUCCCAUGGAAGGCUUGUUAGAGCAUUUGGGCUUAAGGUCAAACCAUUCCCAUAGCUGGAAUUUAACAAAGGAAAUUUAACACUCCUCCUGGAAACAGGUGCCAUAGAGUCUGUAUGAGCCACUGAGUAUUCAGGGCUAGUCUUCUUAACCUGCCACAAAUCUGCAAUGUUACAGAAGCUCUACUUUAGACUCACAAAGCUGCCAGUUCUUUUGUUGUUUGCACACAGUGAGAGGGAUCCCACCUUUUUCCAUGGAAGCACAAAUGCUGGGUACUGGCUGCUUUUCAGAAUAACUUAUCAGUCUUGUUUGUAUCAUCGGUGUCAGAAACUACAUUUCUUCUUUUUCUGUGAUGUUACCGUUGCAUUGAUAGCCAUGCUAUGUCUUCUAGGGCUCUCCACUUGACUUUGCAUUAUUUUUUCGGAAGGUACAAAUGUAAAAGAUCUAUUAUUGCACUCUCUUGGACUGUAAAAAAAAAAAAAAAAAAAGUGACACAUUCUAACAGCUGCCCUUGUAACAGUGUGAACCCUGAUUGAAAGCCCAGUGAGACAGAGGCUUACCAUUUGCUUCAAGUGGUCAAGGUCUUCAGGUAAGGUCACUGGGGGAAAAAUAGAAGGGCUGUUGAAGGUUGUGCAUUUUUCUGUGCCAUUUGGAUGCAGUCCUUGACUUGCAGUGUUGCCCUGGGAGCUUCCUAUUUCAGGUCCCUGUGCAGCCUCAUACCAAGAGGCUGUGAGCUGACCAAGAAGGUGCUCAGCAGCAGCACAGGUGCAGCUAAUAGCACCUGCUCUGCGCUUACCCAGGCAUUCCAUCAAUCUGGUGCCAGUAUGGUACUUAACUCCAGUGUCUCUUGACUAGGUGUAUGUUUGAGUUCUCUCAACUUGACUAUGAAAUGGAAAUUUUUAGUCAGUUGCUUUUUAUUUCAGGAGGAAAUUAAUUCAAUCUAGGUAAUGCCAGUUUUCUUUUUUUCUCUUUAGUCUUUCUUCUGGAAAAUACAAAUCCUUUUAAUCCCUUCUGGUGUUUUCCUUAAGGUAUCCGCAUCCCCUGGGAACCAUGGGCUGCCAUUGCCUUUCCUGCUGCAAUUCCCUGUCAUUUCACUUCUAGAUUUCUGUUGGGAAUGUGAAUUGGGUCCAAGUAUGAAUUCCUACUGUUAUUUUCCCUUCUUAAUAGCUUUUCUCAUGAGUGGAGCUUCUGUGCAAGAGGACUGCUGAAGGCAUCUCCUAUAUGAAAUUGGUUACCAUCGUGGAGGCCUUCAUGCUGCGCUGGUGAGAUGGGACUGGGAAGGAAAAUUCUAGUGUUGUUAGUUAUGAAGGGUGGAUACGCAUACACAGCAAGCUGUGGUCAGAAAAGCCUCUUCGUCUUAGGAAAGUAAGCUCAUGUCCUAUCCUCUAAUAUUGUGAUUGCAAUUUGGGAGAAAACUACAGGAAUAUGGAAGAGAAGGGUUUUGUAAGCUCUUGGCAUGCCCAAUCCUAUUUUGUCUCAGGCAUUCUUUCUUUUUUACCUUAUGUUUCACUAAAGUGUCACUGGCUGUUUGGGACCAUCUCUUCUUUCUUCUGUGGGACUGAAUUUCUGCUUGGUGAUUUAUCCAUCCCUGACUCAUCUCCUUGCAUUUCCUGCAAUGCCCUAAGCUAUUUUUAUGUGUCAAUGGAUCAGUGGACGUAGUUUUGAGUGGGACCAGCUUAAGCUGGUCCUCAGGAAUGUAUUUUGCCCUUACCUCACCAAGGAUUUGUGAGGCUUAGUAUCUUAGAGAGUUGCUCUGACAGUGCUGAGCAGCAUCUGUCUGUCGUCCUGAGAAGGGUGCUUGCUCUGUGCUGUGAGAUGCGGCCAUAGAGUCCUGAUCGGCUCUAGUGAGCAACGAGGGGUGCCAGCACAUGGCUGCUUUUAGGAUAUUUUCAGUGGACCCGUUAAUCCCGGGAACAGAGCUUUUGUUGAGUCCCUUCUGGCAUGCUGGUAGCUGCACUGCAAGAUUCAGAAAUUGCAAAGUGCUUUAAGCCUCUCUUGGGAUGUCUCUCGCAGACUACAAACCAGGGUCAAACACGGGGCUUUUCCUGCAAUGACAUGACAAUCAGGGCUUUGUCGUUUUGGCAUAACAGAAACGGGGAGCCAGCCAGAGUACAGGAGCAGCUGGUAAAACAACUUCUGCUUUGUCUUCGCUGGGCAGCCACGUUACUACUGCUGUGCCCUGAGCUGGUGGCAGUGGGAGGUUGUGAGGGGCAGGAGUGCUGUGUGUGUGCUUGCUCUGUUUCUAUACUCUUCCCUGGACAUUUGCUGUGGCCAGGGCAAGAGAUGGACACGACUCAGAGGUGGCCAUUCCCAGAUCACUUCUCUUGUGUGUGAAAACUGAGGCAUUUAUAGGCAGUUUGUUGAAAAGCGAGUUUCUGCUUUCAGUCAAGUCGGAGGCCCUGGCAUCUGUGAGUGCCCACUCUGCACAUGUUGCAGGUUGCUUCCUUGAGGGCUUUCCUAAUGUACAAAACCACUGCUUUUUUCUGCAAAGAUCUGUAGCUCUGAUCAACACUCCAAGCUGAAUCUUCACUCCCAUCUUCUGUGAGCACAGUGCGUUUCUUCUGCCCCUUGAAAGCAUCCUUCUGGUGGAAAUCAUUUUUUUCCCUGACCCUCCUGCAGGUCACGAGCAGUGUGUUGCAGGUAGGAAUUCAAAGGAUCAACGCUCAAACUCUCACCCAAGAAAAAUGUCAUGUUUUCAUGGAUUUAAACUGGGCUGUGGCAGCUUAAAGUCACUUGCAGACCUGCCUGUAAUGGCUGCUCCUGUGGCUGAUGAACAAUGCAGAAUUAGGCAGGUCAUGCAAGUCCUCUGCCUGCACUUUCUCUUCUGUAAAUGAGCUUUACAGGUCCCAGUCUCUCGCAGGCAAUAAUGUGGAGGGUAGUGAGUCACCGUGUUUGUAAAGCACUCUUAAGAUGCAGAGCACUAAAUCUCGGAUAAUAAUGAACUUAUCAAAAACCCUGGAAGGAAUCAAAUAAUUGAGGUAUGUCUCCUUAAGUCAGAGCUUCACUGUGCUGGCAUGUGAAUGGCUGGGUGACUGGAGAUCUGGUGUAUGCAUUCGCAGGGAGAACAGUUGGAGCUGGUGUCCAUGAGUUUCUCCGCUUUGUCUGCCUCCUUCCAUCCCCUUCUGGGAUGCCAUGGAAGUCCAGGCUUAGGUAAAAUUGAGGCAUCAUCGUGGAUUCAACACCUAAAUUGGGAGCCUUAUUAGCUUAGUUUCUGCCUGUUUCAGUGGAAGAGCUUUUCAACUAACAAAACAAGCCAUCUUGGUGGCAGUAUGGGGGAAAGGUGGAGAAAAAGGAGAGGAGAAUAGCAGGCAGAUCAGACAGGAUGGGGUAAUUACAUGGAUAAAGCAGCUAAGGCUUUGAGGGAAGUAUCUUUCCCUUGGUGUUUUGAUAUGGAUAUCACCAAAAAGACUGUAGGCAUUUGUCCUGCAUGGAUUAGAGAUGACGCAAAUCCCCACCUGCUAACUGGCCAGGUGUUACAUGGAGAGGCAGAGGUGGAGUGCUGAUGUUUCUGAACUGCACUGUCACUGAGCAACAAGUAAGCAUCAACGUGGGGCUCUGAUAAGCUGCUCUUGGCUGCUGGCCAUGACCACAGGGAAAUAAGCGGUACGGCCCUGGAUCAGGAUUUGACCCACAUUCCUCCUUCAGUGUAGCUCAGUGUAUGUUCCUCAGAUAGCUGCUAUUCUCUGAAGACAAAGAAGACCUUGUUAUCUAGAUGAGCACAAUGAAAGCCAUAUUCGCUUGCUGCUUCAGUUUCAGGGAGCAGGGAAAAGGAGAAGGCAAAUGGUCUUAAACUUCUUCCGAACAUUGGGGGAUACAUUGAGACAGUUGCCGCUGAAUAUUUUUUAAGUCAGAUGAAAAGUGAUCAAGAGCCUUAUUUGGAUUUAUAGCUCUCUGUUGUCGCUUCUGAGCACCAUCUUGGGAAGUUAAUGUUAACGAAGUGUUUAUUCUCCUCUUGGGGGUCUUAGAUACGUUUGUGACCAGCAGGCAGUAUUUCACAGUUCCAGCAGUGAGUGUAGGCAGAAAAAGGAAAAGAAUGCUUCCUUGAGUCAUCAGGUGGUCUAGGAGCAGACUUCAAACCCUGAAGCCGAGGCCAUUGUUAGCUAACAACCAUCUCCCUUAAAAAGGUUAACACUUAGAGGUUUGCAAAUGCAUUUGGGUAUUGAUACCAUAGUAUUAAUAGCACGUUAAUGCAGGAUUGUGACUCAUCUUUUUGGCAGGAUGGAAGAGGAGAACUGUAGGAGAGUUACCUUCUCUCUAGGAUGAUUUUUUUUUAGCAGAAAAGGAAAAUUUCUUUUUCAUUCAGGAGCUCAUGGUAUGGUUACUUCUCAGAGGGCCUAAUUUCUGUCUCAGCAUCAGCAGGUGCAUCGUCCUCAACAGCUAUGAAAUCAGAGUUGGAUUUAAGCACUGAUCUCAGAGGCAACAGGAGGUGAUAGCUCUGAACGUUUCAGCAGGCCAACUGCUCUUACUUGAAGUCCUGCUCAAGAGACAUUUGUACUUGUCUUCCUGCAGGCCGCAAGUUCCCCAAAGGCAAGGCAGACAGGCAUACUGACAGGAACCACUGCGAGGAAAUGAAUUUUGAGCCAGCCUUGUUGUAGUGCAGACUUAACGGUGUGGUUUUAAGACAUGGAGACCACAGAGAAAUUCAGUAUGAGGUGUUUCUUAAGGUAGCUCUCACUUGGUCCUUCUGUUGACAACACUGGAAAAAAAAAUACACUUCUUUGCAGGUGUGUAUUUUGUAACUGAAUUUAAACUGCGUAGGGUAUGUCAGUACACCUUGAUUUCUGUUACACAUUGCAGAAAGGAAUCUUUUCUGAAGGAAAUUGUUUACACGUGCCAGAACCCCUUGGUGCUCCCACAGAAAUAAUUGUGCUUAACCACAGAAGUACCCCAAGCAUUAACUGGUACGGAUUGGAGCUUUCUAAGAACCCGAAGGAAUGCCACAGAACAGCUGAGCCAGGGCCCUCGCUGGGGUGUGCUGAUGUGAUUCUGUGAAGCUUUCAGUGGCCUGUGGACUUCUGAUGGAGGCGGUACUUCCCUGGCAGCGUAGGGGUUUGAGCUGGUCCUCUUUUAAGAAGAUGAUGUUCUUGAAAAUGCCCAGUAAGUUAGAACUUGUUGGCUACACCUAGAGGCAUUUUAUGUGCUCACAGUGUUCUCAUGAAUUAGUGCCUCCCACAAGAAAAAUGUGUUUUCUAGAUGGCCAUGUUGAUGUAGAAGCAAGGCUCCUUGACGUUUUUGGCCCUCAUCUGAGGACAUAGACCAUCUCACCUCCUUUUAUGAGGGGAGGAAGAUAGAAUUUAAACUUUGGAGGAAGAGCUGGACUGAAAAUAAGCCUACUUCAAGGCAAUACCUUAAUGACGUUUGUUAUCUAAUCAGUCUGAGAGCUGUGACCAAGCUACCAAGCUAGCCUGGACUGCCUCCCUGGUCUGCCCCACAACAGGUGCACUGCUGGCAUUACUUCCCUGAGGACCAAUGUGGAAGUAAUGUGUUUGCCAUCCCUGAAUGUUCCUGUCUUCUAAAAACGUAGUCCUGUUAGACUUUCUCUGUUACUAUCUUGGCUGCCCUUCUGUAAGGUCAUGCAUAAAGCUUGUGCUGCUCAGGAUGGAGACUGUGCGUAGCAGUACAGAUAGCUGAGCAUAUCCCUGCUGAUGGGAGGUGGGCCUGUCCUGAAUUGCUGCUGCUUUAUGGCAGACUGAGGCCGACUCACACUUAGUGAGGGUGACGAUUUUGGUUAGCCCUCUGGAUUCGGGGCCAGCAGGACCACUCCUAAGACACAAGGCGUCUCGUGCCGCAGAGGUGCGCAAUCUGCCUUAUUACCCUUACAGGUGCCUUGUUUGGCUUUUCAGUGUAACUAUGCACCAAAGGCAAGAGACUCCGUUAUCCCUGCAGACAGGAGGGAGAACAAGGAUGACCCGGCGUGAAACGAGCGCUCUAUCUGUGGGACAGGGAAAAUGAGUUUCUUUUCUUUAUCCUCUAAGUUUUCCGUCAGCAAUCCUGCCUCUGAGGCGCUUACAUGCUUUUAUUUCUACCUGAGCAUCAGUCACUCUAAUUAGGAGGGAGGAUUCUUGUAUUUUUAUAUGCUAAGCCGUUUGGUUGAUUAAUUUAAUAAAAAGUGAUAUACAGAUGAACUCUGAAAUUCACUGCCAUCUGCUGCUCCAGUACAAUCCAGUAUUACUGAUACAAAGGUACCUGCCUUGAGAUAAAAUCUAGUGCGGAACGCACUGAGAGUAACCACUCCAUUGAACGAAUACUUAUGCCAUGUGGGUGUGUUAAUGCUUGUGAGCUUCUGUAACUGUUCCUGUUUUAAAGCCAUGGGUCUGAUCCGUGUGACUCUGUAUCAGCUUUUUUAAUGUCUACAAAGACCAGAUGCACGUGCAUAUAUGCAAAAAGGACCGUGUUGCUGUGGCUGGGGCUGCGUGACCCUGGGGUAGAUCAAUAUUACAGAUGUUUACUGCAUAGUGCGCUGCUCUUUGGUGUCAUAAUUCUGCCUGGGGAGAAGACAGUCCUGUGGCUCAGGCUGAGACGGUUUGUUGCAUUAGGAGGGUGACACAGUCGGACUCUUUUUCCCUUCUAUCAUGGAAAUGUUUAUGCGUUCUCUCUUUGUGUAGCUUCUCAAUCUGAAAUAAAAAUCACCCCAAAUAGAA